AUGGAAGAGACUCUUCCUUCCUCCCGGCAUGGCGCCUCCGGUAUGACAAUCCAUGACACAACGCUCACCUCUGCAUCCACCAUCAGCAAGAAGCAGUACUUGUUACUGCAGGUUCUCUGGACCUCCUCGUCAGCCGCCCGUCUCAAUCUCAAGACCGUCCAGUUAGAUACGUGGAAGCAACAAGCCGACAAGCUCCUGGAGUCGUUUGAAUCCUGGAAAAACUACCUCCAGAGUUUUACGAGCGACACCAUUCUAGAGGGCACAUUUGCUCUACCAAGAAAGUAUCAAUUACAGGCCGCAGAAUCCAAAGAUGAGAGCUUCAGAUCGAAUGUGACCUUCACCCCAAUUGCGAAUCGUACGCGCAGCAAGAUGGGCAGCCUAGAACAGAAACUGAGAACAGCACAACUCGAGACCCCUACAAAAUCAACAGGCCUUCCACCAGACUCACCAGGGGUUAAGGAUACCCCGGAUACCUGCUCCCCCUUCCAAUCUCCCGGGCCCCAGGAGAUAGCACAUCUCAUGUACCCGCAGACCAAAGACGAGCAGAUAGUCAACACGGCCCUUAUUGACUUUCUAAACGCGCUGAGCAUGCACUUUCCCAAAGCGUGUGGCUGGACGCUGCACCGCAAAUCGUUCAAAGCUGAGUUCGAACAUGCAUUCUUCGAGGCACGAACAGACGGUUAUCUCGAUGAUGGACAAUCAUCAGAGGUGAAGCCAAUGACGCGGAGGAAACAAAGAAUUCCGAUUUGUAUGCAAAAGGCCGCACAAAUGGCUGCGUGGAUCAAAUCUGACCCCGACAUUGGUGGAGCUCUAAGCCUCCCAGGCCGGUAA